CACACACUCACACACCGAGACUCAAUUACUGCCCAAUUCCCUUCUUUAUCAUUCGUCCCCGACCUCUUUCAUAACCAAAAUCGAACAAGGAAAAAAGAGGCGAGAAGAAGGUCACCCGAAGUGAUACUUGAACUAAAACGUUGGGAAAUAAGUAAAGUGUCGAAACUAAAAAAGGUGUUACAGCAGUAAUGUCAAAGAGCUGAAGACAUCUGUAACAAUAUGGAGUCUGGAGAGCGGCUGGCCUCCCCUGCGCCCACCCUGUCUGCUGCUCGCACCUCCUCCCCUGCGGCCUCCUCCUCCUCCUCCUCCGCCUCUUCCUCUUCCUCCUCCUCCUCUUCUUCGUCUUCCCCGGCUCCCCACUCCAAGAGCAGCCUGGCCACCAGCCCCUCAGCACUGGGAUCCACCCUCAGCACCUCUGGCCGUCUGUUUGGAGCAGCGGGAGAGCAGCCCUUCAUCGGCUCCACGUUGUCAAGUGCCUUCCCUCUGGUCAACCACCCUGCCUUCGGAGCCCUCUACACCGCCGGAGCAGGCAGGCCUGAGUUUGGAGGCCUGGGUUCCCUGGGCAUGUCAGCCGCUCUGGCUGCCCACCCCCAGCUAGGAGCCCUCUCUGAGUGGUGGCGAGCUGCAGAAGCCCAUGGACGGGGAGCUGCUGCCUUUCUCCCUCCUUUCCUCGGCUUCCCUCCAUUAUUCACCCGCCACUUGCAGCCCAACCAUAGCAUCAGCCCUCUUCAGAACAGGAUGCCUGGCAAGAAUAGCCGUGGCCCACCUAAAGGGGUGAAUGGGGCAGUGAAUGGAAGUGGGGUCUCUCCCCCUACCACACAAGCAGGGAGCUUUUCUGUGAGUCCGACCCCCAUUCAGGCAUGCCAAGCCAAGCCAACCAAAAACUCAGACCCAUCUAGUAGUCACCGUAGCGGCCCCGAGGACAACCCAGCAGAGGUGGUGGAAAAACAGAAACCUAAAGACAAGAAGCCUCGGAAGAAGCCAGUCGACACUUCCGGGGUGAGCAACAGCGAUUCUGGCACAUCCUCAGACAGCUCAAGUGACGGGUCCCUCAGCAGUGAUCUGGAGGACCUCGGAGAGGAUGACGACGAUGACGAUGAUGAUGACGAGGAUGACGAUGAAGAGGACAAACAGAGCGAAAUGUCUGACUCUGAGAAGAGGACAAAGAAAAAGACGAAGGCUUUGACAGCAAGCUCUGGAACUGGAAAGACAGACAAACCACACUCGGCGGUCCCCACAGCAGAGCCCCAGGAUAAGAGAGACAGCCAGCCACACAACCUUGUCUCUAAUCCCCCAACCUUAGUGCCCUUGCCCUGCUCACCCUCCCCACCUGCCCUGUCCCAAAGCUCACCUCUUACCCUGCACAGCUCCAGGUCCCGGCCAGAGGGAGUGCAGCAACACUUCAGUGUGAUCCAGUCCACGGGCCUGGCUGCCAGCUCCAAGCCCCUGGCACUUCUCACCCAGCCUCGCAGGGAGCCUUCGCCGUCUGCCUCCCCCAUUGCCCUCACCACAUCUCCAAAAGCUCUCUCCAGCACUGCCUCUUCCAAACCUCCCAAACUGCUGCCCUCCUCCUCCCCCCAGCAUCUGCCCCUCUCCCUCUGCUCCUCCCCAAAGCCUCUCUCCGUCCCCUCUCCGCCCUGCUCGGCUCUCCCUCAAUCUACCUCCCCCAAACCUUCUGGUUUGACCUCACCUGUAACAAGCUCCCAGAAGCCUUCCCUGAAGCCGCCACAGCACGCUGCACCUGGUGGUGUCAAAGCCCACAAGAGGAAACUGUUGGAAGCUUCACUUGCGCAGAUCAAUGAGUUCAGGCUGAAGCAGUCUAUACUGUCCCAGGGGCCGACGUUCCCGGCUGAUGUGAAGAAGCAGCAAGGGCCAAACAGGUCCCCCAAGAGGACUGUGUCUUCAUCGCCAUUGCCCCCUGCCCCGCCUCCAUCCCAAAACAAUCACUCCAACCUCUUCCUCUCCAGUGCCCUGCUGGGGCUCCCUGAACCCCACCACCCCAAUGGAGUCAUCCAAAGCACCACUCAGGACGCGCCUCUGGCCCUCAUCACCAAACCUCGCAAAGACUCUGCCUCUCAAGGCAAGAACCCUCAGUGCGACUCUGAUGCUGGGUCGAUGCCUGUCAACCUGAGCACAGGGGCCGGUAGGACCCAAGCAGCCCCCCAGGCAGGGCCUCCGUCACGGCCCCCCACUACCUCACCCCAUGCCACAGGCCAUGGAUCCAGAAAGAACAAGACCCCCAAGGUUAAGGGACAGGCACCAGGGCUGGGACAGGGACAGGGACAAGCAGACCCUUUAGCUGCCUGGAAGGGUCUUUCUCAGAACCAUCUGGUACAGUCGCUGGUGGAUUUGUUUCGUGGAGGGGAGUCUGGGGUUGGGAUUCCCGGAGUUAGUAUCCCUGGGGUUGGUAUUCCUGGGGUGGGAAUCCCAGGUGUUAGCACCCCCACAGCUGGUCUCCCUGCCAACAAGGAAUCUGAUGACUCGGGGGAUGAUGAUGAUGAUGAGGAUGAUGACCUUGAGGACGAGGAAGAUGAAGAGGACUCAGAUGAUAGUCUGUCAGAGUCUGACAGCAACUCAGACAGUGACAUCUCCGGGAAGAAAGUGAAGGAGCCGAAGCUGCUGCCAUCGGGGUCGUCAUCUAAGAAGGAGACAACCCCCCUCAGGCUAACCAAAGGCCCACAACUACUGAGCACCUCAACCAAUCACACAGCCACCAGCUGCUCCCCUCUCAACCUGCAGGUCAUCAAGAGUCCCACCAUCGUCACCAGCUCCAGUGCCUUGGCCUAUCACAGCUCUCCUUGCUCUUCCUCCUACACCCUGGCCACUCCAUCAGGUUUAGGGAAGAGGAAGAGGGUGAUGGAUGAGAAGGAGUUGAUGACACCUCUGGAGUUGGGGUGGCAGAGAGAAACAAGAAUCAAAACGGUGGCUGGGCGGCCGCAGGGUGAGGUGGCCUACUACGCCCCAUGUGGCAAGAAACUGAGGCAGUACCCAGAUGUGAUGAAGUAUCUAUCCAGAAAUGGAAUAAGUGGCAUCACGCGUGGUAAUUUUAGCUUCAGUGCAAAGAUAAGGGUUGGUGACUUCUAUGAAGCCAGAGAAGGACCCCAGGGUUUACAGUGGAGCCUGUUGAAGGAAGAGGAGAUCAUUCCUCGUAUUUUGGCCAUGGAAGGUCGGAGGGGUCGCCCUCCUAACUCAGAGCGCCAGUUAGCGGGUGAAGGUGCCAAAGGUACUCGACGGAGGAAGGGACGGCCCCCCAAUGUGGGGGAUUCAGUGGCACCAGAGGGCCCCAGCCCCAGUGAGGUCAAACUUCUGCGCAAACUAGAAGCUCAAGAAAUCGCCCGACAGGCCGCCCAGAUGAAGCUGAUGAGGAAACUGGAAAAGCAGGCGCUAGCUCGAGCAGCCAAAGAAGCUCGGAAACAGCAAGCUAUCAUGGCUGCGGAGGAGAGGAGGAAGCAGAAAGAGCAGAUCAAGAUCCUCAAGCAGCAGGAGAAGAUCAAGCGCAUUCAGCAAAUUCGGAUGGAGAAGGAGCUCAGGGCACAGCAAAUUUUGGAGGCAAAACGGAGGAAGAAGGAAGAAGCCGCCAAUGCCAAAAUAUUGGAGGCUGAAAAACGGAUAAAGGAGAAAGAGAUGAGAAGACAGCAGGCAGAGAUUCUCAAACACCAGGAGUUGGAGAGGCAUAGACUAGAUAUGGAGAGGGAGAGGAGGAGGCAACAUGUAAUGCUGAUGAAGGCUGUGGAGGCCCGCAAGAAAGCAGAGGAGCGUGAGCGCUUGCGGCAGGAGAAAAGAGAUGAGAAGCGCCUGAACAAGGAGCGUAAACUGGAGCAGCGGAGGCUGGAGCUGGAGAUAGCAAGGGAACUGAAAAAGCCAAACGAAGACAUGUGUCUGUCUGAUCACAAGCCUCUCCCAGAGUUCUCCCGUAUCCCGGGGCUGAUCCUACCUGGACGUGCCGUGUCGGACUGCCUGAUGCUGAUGCAGUUCCUGCGAGGCUUUGGGAAGGUGCUGGGACUAGACGUGAAUGUGGACAUACCCACCCUAGGCAUGCUGCAGGAGGGCUUGCUCAAUGUGGGGGACAGCAUGGGCCAUGUCCAAGAUCUUCUGGUCAGACUGCUUUCUUUGGCUGUGUGUGACCCCGGCUUGCCUCCGGGUCAAAAGACAAAGACCAUGCUGGGGGACCACCUUACCAAUGUUGGCAUCAACAGGGAUAAUGUGUCUGAGGUGCUACAGAUGUACAUGGGGGCCCAUUGUGCCAACACAGAGCUGGCUCCUCUGGCCCUCAGUCUGAAGACCAAGGCCUUCCAGGCCCACACGCCCGCCCAGAAGGCCUCCAUCCUGGGCUUCCUGGCGAACGAGCUGGCUUGUAGCAAAGCUGUUAUCAGCGAGAUUGACAAAAGCCUCGAUCAGAUGGCAAACAUGAGGAAGGACAAGAUCAUUAUGGAGGGAAAGCUGAAGAAAUUGAGGACCAUUCACGCCAAGCGGACUGGGAGGAGGGACGCCAGUGUGGGUGUGGAGGAGAACCAGUCUCAAGGCACCCCUUCCUCUGCUCUCAAACGCAAGAGGAAGCCAGGUGCUGACAGCGAGGAUGACGACGAUGACGAUGAGGACAGCGAUGACCAGGCUGAGGAGGAUGAUGAGGAGGAGGAGGAAGAAAUAAAGAAAGCUAAAAAAGUUGAAACAUGUGAUGAGGAUGAAGGUGACCAGACCACCAGUGUCGAGGAACUGGAGAAGCAGAUAGAGAAAUUAGCCAAGCAACAUCACCAGAUUAGAAGGAAGCUGUUUGAGACGUCCCAUUCUCUGCGCUCCAUGAUGUACGGCCAGGACCGGUACCGCCGUCGGUACUGGGUGCUUCCCCACUGCGGAGGGGUCUUUAUUGAAUCCAUGGAGAGUGGAGAAGCUCCAGAGGAACAGGAGGAGGAGAGACAGAGGAGGCGGAGAGCAGCAGAGGAGGUCAAGAUCAAAGAGGAGCCUCAGGAAGUGGAGGUGCAGAAGGAGAAGCCCAUCACCAACCUUGAUGGACAGAGCAUGCGUACGCAAGUCUCCGAGCAACAGAAAGUGGAGGCAAAGGAGCAUGAGGAGAAGAAAGGCGCUCCUACCCUCUACCACCAGCAGCCAGGCUGUGUCUUCAAACUGUGCACGCUGCGGGACGUCGCCAAGGAGGAUGUUAAGGAAACUGUAAAGGCAGAGGACAAGGAGAGCCCCCUCCAGAGACAAAAUGGCAGCCCUGUGGCCACAGCUUUUGCCGCGCCUGUUAUAACAGCAUCCUCUCCGACUCACAGUACCUCUGAGCCAGCCACAACCCCUUCCGCGGUGACCACUAAUGACACUACAAAUGUCCCUCCCCCAGCCUCCACAUCCUUAUCUAUGCUGUGCCCGCCAGCGCCACGUGAAAGUCCAGGGAAUACCCCCCCAGCUUCAUCCCCCGCGCCGUCUCCUCACCUUUCAUUCCAAGCCAACGACCAGUUGCUUCGGGUCCUGACGGAGAGGAGCGGGCACUGGUUCAGCCUGCUCCCUCGCACACCCUGUGACCUGUCCUCCCUCACCACCUCUCCCCCAGGAGCCCCCCGCACCUCUCCCCUCUCAUCCUCCACCCCAGCCAGACCCAGAUCCCCGCCUCAAUCCCCUGCCCUGCCUCUCACCCCCUCUGCCGCCUCGGCCUCUGCCAGCCCCCACCACCCGGCUGCCAUCCUCAGCUUCCCGCUAUCAGCCCUGCAGGUGAAAUCAGGUGGUCCACUGUUGGGGGCUCCGUUUGGAGGCUGGCCCAGUGGCAUGAUGAGUCCCAGCCUGCCUCUGUGCAGCAGUCCCAGCCCCAUGCUGGGUCACUCUCUGGAGGGCAACACAACAGCAAGCGUCUCCAGUAAGAGCGAGUCACCUUUGCCCCGAAUUGAGAAGACUACGUCUGUGCCCUCACCUGCCCUGGAGAUGCCCAAAUGCCUGGACCACCCCACACCUCGGCCCAUCCCUGAGGAGAUGUUAACAGGGUGGUGGCGGGUGUCCGACAUCGAGGAGCUGAGGGCUCUGGUCAGCACUCUCCAUAGCCGGGGCGUCAGAGAGAAGGGCCUCCAGAGGCAGAUGCAGAAAUACAUGGAGAUCAUCCCCCAGGUCUGCACCAAGCACAAGGACGUGGCCAUGAUUGAACUGUGUGAGCUGGAGGAGAGCCAGGUCAGUGUGGAGUCAGUGCGUGGCUGGUGUGUGGAGGAGCAGGCUAUGGAGAUGGACAUUGCUGUGCUGCAGCAGGUGGAGGAACUGGAGAGGAAGGUCACCACAGCCAGCCUGCAGGUCAAGGGCUGGACGUAUCCGGACCCUCAGUCGGAGCGGGAGGAUCUGGUGUAUUACGAGCACAAGCCCCUCACCAAAUCGGCACCAGCGGCGGCCAACACAGCAGACAAGGACUCCAAGGAGCAUCCGGACGAGCGGGCGGAGAAGGGCGGGGUGAUGCGUCACCCGGACAACCCGCUGGACAUAGCAGUGACACGUCUGGCUGAUCUGGAACGCAACAUCGAGAGAAGGUACCUGAGGAGCCCCUUAGGUACCACCAUUCAGAUCAGGCUGGAUAAUGUGGGUACGGUCACUGUCCCUGCCCCCGCCCCAUCCACUAGUGCUGACAGGGAAGGGGGAGAGGAGGAGGUGGCCCAUGGUAUGAAGGUGUGGAGGAAGGCACUGAGCGAAGUACGUAGUGCUGCCCAGUUGGCCAUGUGUAUCCAGCAACUCCAAAAAUCUAUUGCCUGGGAGCGGUCCAUCAUGAAAGUGUACUGUCAGAUGUGUAGGAAGGGAGAUAAUGAGGACCUUCUGCUGCUGUGUGAUGGCUGUGACAAAGGCUGCCACACCUACUGUCACAAACCGAAGAUCACCAGUAUCCCCGAGGGAGAUUGGUACUGCCCAGCCUGCAUAUCCAAGGCAAGUGGUCCAUCUCCUAAGAGCAAAAAGCCUCCCAGCAAGCCUGUAGCAUCUAGUGGAGGAGGAGCGGGUAGCAAGAAGGGAGUAGAGGUGAAGAAGAAUGGGAAGCAGGCCGGUAACGGGGAAGUGUCGGAGGAUGACUCGGCCAGUGCCAACAGCACACCUAAGAAAGGUGCAAAAGACACCAGCAGGAAGAGGAAAACGGAGGAAAGUUCGCCGGCCCCGCCAGCAACCAAUCAGGAGAGCCCUGUGUGUGUGAAACGGGCCAAGACAGCUAGAGACAACAACAGGGACCUGGGAUUAUGCAGGGUUCUCCUUGCUGAGCUGGAGCGGCAUCAGGAUGCAUGGCCUUUUCUCACACCCGUCAACCUGAAGUCAGUUCCUGGAUACAGGAAGGUCAUCAAGAAACCCAUGGACUUCUCUACCAUACGUGAGAAGCUUGUGAGCAGCCAAUAUCAAAACCUGGAGACUUUCAUCAUUGAUGUGAACUUGGUGUUUGAUAACUGCGAAAAAUUCAAUGAAGACAAUUCAGAUAUAGGUAGAGCUGGUCAUAACAUGAGGAAGUUCUUUGAGAAGCGCUGGACUGAGCUUCUGAAACAAACUAACUAAGUGUUUUCAGAUUCUCCCCCCCAUAAACCCAUUCUACUUUUCAUAAUGGAGCACCAGUUUUUUUCGUUUUGUUUUUUGUUUUUGUCUGUUUGUUGUUGGUUUUUUUUAAGAAUGUGGCUUUGCAGGAUUGAAGAAGUCAGUUCCUUAAUAAGGAGCCCGGGUAUGUUAAGAGAGAUGUCACCUUGAAAAAAAAAAAAAGUCACUAUAUGAGGUGCGCUGGAUUUACUACAACAGGGAUUUAAGCCCCAAAGAGUCCCAGAGAAAUGGGGUGUCAUAGUGCAAUACCAUUCCCUGUCUCAGAACACUGCACUGAAUGAAUCCUCAACUGUCACUGAUGUAUCUGCGCUAGAAUACUUUCCACUACUUGUAAAUAUCCUUUUUUUAUUUAAUCGUAUUAUAGUGAAUGUAUUUAAUUUUGUAAUAAUUAUUUAUGAACCAAGGUCCACUUCAUUUUCUAUGAAAAGGAAGAAUCAACUGAACUGCUUUGAAUUGAAAAGGAAUGUGUCUUUGUGUUAUAAUUUUCUCCCAAAUAUCAAACAAAGCCAAGAAAAAAAAUAGAUAAAAUAAAAUUGAAAAAAAAAAAAUAAUAAUAAUAAUAAAUAAAUAACAACAACAAAAAAAAAACUGUUUACACUGUUCAGUGCUUUGGGGCAUCCGAGGACUGUAUUCAUUAUGUUCAAACUGUAAAACUGCAUUUAUUUACAGGAACAGCAGAGGAACAGUUAGACAAUGGUGAUUCAUGUGUAUAUACUGUUUAUUAAUGUCAAUAUUAUGUCUUGUUUGGAACGAUGUGUAAAAAUUGUUUAAGAAUAUUAAGAUAUUGUUUAUGCCUUAGAAUGAUUGUAGCAUUCUAUUUUAGUGAACGUGAUGAAAACAUUAUCAUAAAUAUUGUUUGUACAGUAUAUACAUAUCCUCUGCAAACACUGUGGUAUCCUUAAUCUUGGUAGUGCCUACCCUUCCAACAGGGGCAUGUAGGGGAUGUUAUUGUUUUUAGUUUCAAUUUUUUUUUUUUAUUAUAUUAUUUUUUUAAUAUGAUUUCAAUCCAACAAGGCCUCCAAAGUUGGACAGUGACACAGUAAUCAUUCCUUCCCAUAGCAGAAAAAGGAGCAACAAUCCCAACAGCAAGCAUUCAGUUAUGCUUCCACGAUGCAUUUCCUCAUAUCUGCCACAGUACAGAGGACCCAAGGCCAUUUGUAACCACUGUGUUGAACCUUGCUGUGUGUUGUGGCCUGAUGGAGGCAGCUAGAGUUUUUUUGUACCCAAGUCAAGAGUACUUGAAGUUACUUUAUUUAAGAUAUUGUGGAAUAAAAGUAUCAUUCUUUUGUAGGAGCUUUAUUUUUCACUAGUGUGUGGCACGGACCUAUUAAAAGGAUGUUUUUCAACCUAAA